CUGGACACAGCUCGCUUCUGCGCCCGCAUGACGCGCUGAUGACGCGCGCAGCAUGGCGAAUUCGGCUUCACUCCCAGCCAGUCCGCUCAAUUUUGCCCAGCCAAGUCCGACCACUCAAUAAAAUUCACGCCAACCCUUCAUAAUACCCGGACUUUGUGUCACAUUGAUUGCUAGGUUCGAAUCCGGCUCACUGAGCGGUAAAGGCGUGUCAAAGCUGCCCAGGAUGGAUGAGCCACAGCCGUCUGACAGCGAGGCUGCCAUGAUGGCCCAAGUAUUCGAAGAGAUGCAGCGCCUUAGCGCCAAGGUCGAACGGCUCCAAACGUUCAAUUGCAGGUUGGACAAGCUGCUCGACACCCUCGACAUCCUCCAAGGCAAGGCCGAUGGCAGCCGGUCCGAAGCCGACGGCAGCGAGGUCAAUGCCGAUGUCGGCCAGAUCAAGGCCGAAGUCGACCAGCUCAGGGCCGACAUCAGCCAGACAAAGGCCGAGAUCUGCCAGAUCAGAGCCGAAUCGGCGGGGUUGCGAUGAAAUCGUGGCAGGCGUCCCCUCCCAGUAAGGGCAGCCGAAAAGUCAUCCGCCCCUAUCCCCAUCAGCGCCAGAGAUGCGCUCCGAGAAGGUGCUGUUGAUCGAUCGACGCACAUUUGACUGUCUCGAGAAGGGACUGAGAAGGCUUAAGCGGAAACGGAUGCAAGAUCAAGCAUCUUCAACGCCUGCGUCAGCCGACACUGGGUACACUCGAGUACAUGUGCAGCGUCUUGUACGUCACGUUUCCCGAACGCCUUGUGCAGCACAAGAGGCCUGCCCUUGCUGCCUCCUGUCCAUGUCCAAACACGGCCCAAGCAGGCUCUGCCGUGAGGGACGGAUCAAGUCAAAGCUCGGUUGCGCGACGGGACAUUGCCGGGCCCCGCCUGCUGCGUCGGCCGGCGUCGAGGAUACAAAGCAUCACACAAGGUUCU